AUGUUUCAUGGAACCGUCACAGACGAGCUGACACAUCAUGAAAAAUGGCGUAAAUAUAAUGAAAAUGUUGUAGAAGAAAAGAAAAAUUUUGUUUUUGUGAAAUUUAAUGGCCUUCAGCUAAAAUCUAUGGAAAAUCUGCAGUCUUGUGUCUCUAUAAAAGUAUGCAUCUUCUCAAACAAUUUUAUUACAGAUAUUCACCCACUUCAAAAUUGUAAACAAUUAGUGAAACUUGAUCUCCAUGGAAAUCAGAUAAAGAACCUACCAAAUGCAGAAUUUUGGAGUGGAUUCAAGAAUCUAAAACUCCUUUUUCUUCAUGACAAUGGGAUUACGAAAUUAAAGAAUAUAUGUGCAUUGUCUGCCUGUCCAAGCCUUAUUGCCCUCACUUUGUUUGAUUGUCCAGUGAGCCUUAAAAAAGGAUAUAGACAUGUUGUUGUUAACAGCAUCUUGCCCCUCAAAGCACUGGAUUAUUACAUCAUUUCUGAUGAAGAAAUAGUUCAGAAUUGGCAACUUCCUGAAAGAUUUAAGACAUAUAAUAUCCGACUGUUCUUUAAUUUCUGCCCUGCUUUGAAAAAGGGAUCAACUUAUGAAAAUGAAAUGGAUAAUAUUAAAUAUAUUAUUUCAAAUAUUGAUAGAAUUCUGGCUCAUAAUUCACCAAUUUUGAUUCUUCAAAGAUAUGUGCGUGGUUACUUGGUAAGAAAAGCUUUAAGCCCAUUUUUUUUUAAUACAAAAAAAAAAAAGCAUAAAUGUAUGACUGAUUAUAAAGCAAAAUGGAUUUGCAUACACAAAGGAUAUGAUAAUCAACUCUUUGUUCAGUCUGAAACAAAUAUACAAGGAAAAUAUUUACGUUGGAAACGUGUAAGUCAAAGAAAAUUGAAAUAUGAUACAGAGGAUGAAAAACUGGAUAAAAGUUUUAAGAUAUCAGUGUUCAAAGUGCCCAUACGUACUUUGGAUUCAGUGAAGUGUGCCUCAGUAGUGAAAACAAAAGAACAAGAUUCUUUACCUGUGUAUGGCCAAGCACGGUAUGCCUCUCUUCAAAAACCAGUCUGUACCUACAAAGACAUUAAGUUAAAGAAGAAUAUGAAAGAGUUUUUUACAGUGCACAGAGCUGGUAUGAGACUCCAAUCACUUUGUGAUGUUGAUAAAUAUUAUUCAGAAUUAAAGAAUCUGGAAGAAUAUCAUAAAAGAGUAUCCGCUCGAAACAUGACACGUGCUUCCCAAGAAAAAGCUACACUAAAAGUUAAGGAAAUAUUAAAUGAAAAAAUUCAUAAUGUAAAGAAACACCGUUUAAAAGAAGAGGAGACAAUGCAGAUGGGUUUUCAGCAAUUUCGGCAGAACAGAAACUUAUACCUUGGAAGAGUUAAAGAGAGGAGAAAUUUGUUUCUGAAAGAAAAAAGGCAAAAGACUGAAGAGCGUUUAUUAAUUCAGAACUUAAGUAAUGAGCGCUCUCGUGUACUCCGAGGAAUAAUUUAUAUGGACAGAUUGAAGAUGAAUGAGGAAGUUCAAAAUGAGAAGAAAAUGAUUGUUAAACAAAGACUGGAAACAGAAAGGUUUCAAAGGAAUUUAGUCAAACAAAUGAAGGAAGUUAGGACUCUAAAGGCAUUUAGAAAUCACAAUGAAGAAAAAUUUGUCAAUGACAUGAUGAUGGCUUUUCCGGAAUAUUGUGAGAACUUCGAAGAUGUUAAAGCAAAAGUUGCAAUUGGAAAAAAAAAUUUAGUCUUUGAGAUUCCUGAUGGGAUUACAAAAUGA